AUGACGACGCAACUUCUCGCCACGGAGUUGGCCAAUCUGAUCCAGGAGAGCAAGAGGAAGCACAAUGACCUACGACAAGCUGCGGAGAAAUCUUUAGAAGAGCUAAAAAGCUUGAGAAAUCCGUCUGAACAGACUGCGCCUGAAGAGCUCUCUCAAAAGCCCAACUUUGUUAAUCCCUUCAUUAUUGCAUGUGGUACAAAAAAUGCCAAAUUUACUGCUAUCGCUAUCGCCUGUCUCCAGCGUCUUAUUGUUGCUCAGGCUCUCCCACGGUCCAGGCUAAAUCAAGUGCUGGAGGCGUUGAUGCAAGCUACAUCAGCCGGCCUCGAUGUGCAACUAAAGAUCUUGCAAGCUCUACCCUCACUCGUCCAGAACUAUGCAUCAGAUCUUAAAGGGAAUCUGUUAGUGACGACGCUGAACAUUUGUUUCACUCUUCAGAGUAGCAAAAAUGCAAUUGUGAACCAUACAUCAGCAGCGACGCUCCAGCAACUCGUAGUGUCGGUGUUUGACAAAGUUGUUUCCGAAGAUAAGAAAGCGGGCGACGCACCUGCGGCCAGCGAUGCAGAGUAUUCAGAAAACCACCCUGCAGCUACCGAUGCCUACCGAAUCUUCAAUGACCUGUGUCUUAUGACAGAGAACCAACGACCAGAGUUCCUCCGGGUUUCAGGGCUUCAGCAGACGUUUGGAUUAGAGCUUAUUGAGUCUGUUAUUACAAACCAUGCUACUGUCUUUAGUAACCAUCCUGAGCAAGCUCAGAUUCUACGCAGCAGAGUUAUGCCGCUUAUCAUAGGGGCUCUAAGGGGAAAGCCGAAUUUCGCUACUACUGUGCGCCUGGUGCGGAUUUUAUACACAAUACUGCGUGGGCAUAUCAACAUCUUACCGUCAGAAUGUGGGGAGGCGCUGGCUGUCCUGACAAAUAUUCUUGACCAAGAUGAAACCGUCUGGAAGAGAGCAUUGUGUAUGGAGGUUUUCCGUGGUAUAUUCGCGGAUCAUGCUCUUCUCAGGCGAAUUUACGCAAUGUUUGACGUUGGAGAGGGAAAGAAAGAUGUUCUCAAGCCCCUGAUAGCGACCUUUGUACGUUUGAGUACCGAAAAGCCUAAUGUGAUAGGACUCGGACACCAGUCAUCUUUGCCCACAACCAGCUCAAGCACAAGUGGCUCUUCUGAGCAGGCUAUUGCGGAAGCAAGUGGCAUGACAGGGCUGAUGACAGGACCCGUUGGGCCAGAGACCACGACCACGGGCAUCAGCACCCAAUGGAGCUCGGUCCGCGUUCCUUGUAUCGACCAGCUCGACAAGACGGAAGCACCGAACAUCCCAGAGUCGUACCUGUACAGCCUGGUUCUGGCCUGCAUAUCGUCUGUGUCUGAUGGCCUUGCAAAGUUCAUUCUCCCUCUUACGGUUCCAAGUGAGACAAGAAAUCGAAAGCGGACUUCCAGGCAAGAGUUUGGCCGCGACUCCCCUGCACCACAGACAGAGCCAGACAGUACGCCGCCAAGAGGGAGAAUGGAAAGGUCAACAUCUUUUAAGAAGAAUCCUGUCCCCAUGAACCCGCUAUCCCUGGAAGACCAUCCACUUCAUUCAGACGUCAAGAUCUGUGCCGCAAUUGUUGAGGAGUGCUGGCCUGCGAUUCUAGCAACAUGCUCUACAUUCUUAUAUGCUGCGCUGGACUCGGAAUACUACCACGGAUUGGUGCGCGCCUUUCAAAGAUUCGCUCACGUUGCUGGCUUGCUGCGGUUAUCAACACCCCGAGAUGCUUUCAUCACAACAUUGGGCAAAGCAGCUGUCCCGCCCAAUGUGCUGACAGCGUGUGUCAAUGCUGGCCAACCUCGACCUCAGACACCAAGCACACCAACGGAUGGCAGUCUUUUUAGCAACGCUAGAGGACUACUAAGUGUUGAUAGCUUAACACCAACCACACCCACCGCUGAAAAAGGACGACAGGCAUCGUUCGAUGGUUCUGGUGCUUCCUUAAAUACUCGAAAUUUACUCUGUCUCCGGGCUCUAUUGAACCUGGGCAUAGCACUAGGUCCGACUCUGGAAGGAGCAUGGAGCAUCAUUCUGGAGACGCUGCAACAGGCUGACUUUGUGCUGUUCGUAAGUGGAAAGUCUCCCGGUAGAACACCAUCAAUGAACCGGGGACCCGAUUCAGGGGGUGACAGUGAAGCCGCAGCGUUAAUGGCCAACUUUGGCUCCGAGGUUCGAGCGGUUGAAACUGCGGCAUCGAGACUUAUCGAGAGUACAGCUGACUUCCCUAACGAAUCGUUUCUGGAAGUCGUGGCCGCUAUCUGUGGUUUAUUGAUGCAGAAGCCUAUUGGCCAGCCUGAAACUACUGCUCGACCCCAGGCACCAACUGACGGGCAACAGCUCAAGGCUCCUGUAGUACAAGGCCGUCGAGUGUCUGGGCAGAUGAGUUCUGGAUCUACUCAAGAAGACCAAUUUGCACUCGCUAAACUUGGCGAGCUCGCUACUAUCAACAUUGAACGACUAUUAGAGUACAGUCCGGAAGAGUCUGGCUGGAAUGUACUAACCAACGAGCUUAUCGAUACCUUGACUUCCUCCAUCACGAACUCAUCUGUCAGGACCAGGGCAGCAGACAUACUCGUGAAACUGGUUUUGGAGGCUGCUAAUGUUACAUCUUCACUCCCAGAAGAUGCCCGCGGCGAGAUUCAACUGCGGUUCUUCGAAGCCCUUCAUAGGUCACUGGCACCUCUUCUCGAGGGCAAUCGGGAGGUUUCUCUGGCUAGUCACUCAACAGACAUCGACAUUCACAAAAUCAUCCUUGACGGUCUUCAGAGUAUCAUCGAGGGCAACGGAGAAACUUUAGUCAAAGGAUGGGACAUUGCUUUUGAAAUCAUCGGCACUAUUUUUAUCACGAGGGAAUCUGACGCAUCUUAUCGUCGUGGCUCGGUAGCCAACCCUAUCUUGCUUGAUACCCGAUCCGCGAGACUUAUUAGGUCUUCUUUCAACUCCCUCCAGCUUAUAUGCUCGGAUUUCUUGGCCUCGUUACCAAACUCAUGCUUCUUAAUCCUGGUCGACAACCUUUACAAGUUCUGCUCACAAGAUGACGAUCUUAACAUUGCAUUGACUACAGUGACGUUCUUCUGGGUGCUGUCCGAUUUCCUCUCUACGAAGAAUGAGUCUCUUGACAUCACCGCAGACAUGAUACAGGGCACUGAGCUUUCUGAUUUGGAGAGCAUGGCGGCCGACCACAGCCACAAGAGCUCUGACGCAGCAUUGUGGAUGUUGCUUCUGCUCCGACUGACAAACGUCACUACAGACGACAGACUUGAGCUUCGCAAUAGUGCAAUUCAGACUUUGCUUAGAAUAUUUGAUGCAUACGGUGACCGACUUAGCCCAGAAUCCUGGUCAAUAUGUGUCAAAUCAGUCGUUUUCAAGCUCUUGUCAUCGAUCGAGCAAGAAAUCAAAGUCUUACAGUCAGGUGAAGAAGAGGAAGCGGAUGACAGCGAGAGAGUUGAGUGGACUGAGACAGCUGUUGUGGUUCUCAACGGCAUCUCCAGCCUUCUCGCCAACUACCUUGAUAUCCUUACGGUUCAUCCUUCAUUCAACCACCUGUGGCAAGAAUUGCUUACUCAUUUUACAACACUACUAGACUUUGAAGUGUUGGAUAUUAAUACUGCAAUCUUCAAGGCUCUUGCACACAUUCUAUCUGGAACCAACGACGACGGCAAGUCUAUUUUCAGUGAGACCGCGAUCGAUGUUGCAUGGGACUUGUGGGCGAGAGGAGUUCCAACUUCCAACCCUAUCAACGAUAAGGCUGAGGAUAACCAAAGUUGCCUCAUUGCGUACGUAUCUGCCUUGACAGAGAUUUAUAGACUUGUCCAGGAAGUUCUUGGGGUAAAGAGAGCCAGCAGAAUCCUGAACUUGCUCCGGAAAACCUUGGACGAAGCCUCUGUUGGCAGUUAUGUUCAAGACAUAGAGUAUAUGACUCCUUUGCAGGCGCAUAUUCUUGAGGCUGUUCAAAUGAUCCGAACAGACAUCGAAGGCGUACCAUCAGCCAUGAUCGCCCAAGUCGCGGACUUCGUGAUUUUGCCUUUUGUACAGGCUGAUUCAUCGAAGCCCGGACCUAAACGCACCUACAUUGCGCUUUCCAAGGCGAGUAUGAAGACGCUAGAGAAACUCAUUCUCGAGCACUCAUCGGACUUCGAUAUAUAUCGUAGCAACUCCUUCUACGAGGCACUAAAGGCAUUGUGCAAGCCCAUUGCUUUGAAAUAUGGGUUUUCUACAGUUACUAAAUCUACACAGCCAUGGAGGCUGGCUACUUCUACAGCGCUGAGUAUUCUUGAGGCGACUCUAUCGCAGGUCACUACACUUGAGCUCCCAGCUGGAGUUACACAGAACAUCUGGACUACAAUAGUGGCUAUUGCUGAUGGGAUUGUGAGUGCAGACUGUGGAAUUGCUCCUCCCAGCACAGACUUUGCAGACGACGAGAGUUUUGAUAUUGAAUCGUUCCACAAGCUGCGGGAACUUAUCAUACCCUCCAUCGGUGCCUCCGCUAUUUCUGAGAAGGUUCGUAAGGCGUACGCAGAAAGUCUCUUCAGGACAUCGAUAAUCCAUGCUCCCUCGCCUGACGAGGAAUCGAUUAUCAACGGCACUCACGAGAAAGGCUUAUCAGCACUUUAUGCUCCACGAGCAGGUCGAACAGUAUCAGUGACGCCAACGAGGCGCGUGCAUACAGCUUAUGUCGUUUGCGAAGUUCUGUUUGCCUUGGUUGCUGCUAAGGAUGAGCCAACAAUUGUCAUUCAACCUCCGACGCCAAAGUUUCCAGAUCCGAAACAAAGCCGUCUCGCCGAGUCGCCAGUUGUUCUACACGCUCGGAUUGCCAGCACUGCGGCACCGUUCCUCAUACUCCGAUGUGCAUUGACAUUGAGAGCAUAUAUCGCUGAUCAGCCCCUUCGAGGCAAGAUGCCGCAGCCUUUGAGUCAGCGAAAGGAGUUAUUGUGGAUUCUGCGGAAGCUAGUUGACUUAAGGAGCGAUAAGAGCGCGAUUCCUGAAUUAAGUAACAUUGAAAGCGACGGGAGGAAGCAUCUACUGAGACUGUAUCCUCUUAUUGUACGAGCGUCUGGUGUAGCCGGGGAUGAGAAAGUUGGUAGCCUGCUUAGAGGGGCUUUGGAAGUUGUUGGUGAUGAACUGGGGUUUUAA